ACAGAAGCGGAGGAGGGUCUACAGCCUUGCUAGUAUUAAAAGGGAAAACUCUGCUCAAGCGCCAAAGCGCACAGCCAGAGAAAGGAAGGCGAGCAGGAAGUCAUUUCACAAGCAGAGCUGAGCUGGCACGGCAGCAAGACACACAGGGACUGAGACUGCUUAAGAAUAUCGCAGAAACUAGAGAUUCAAGGUCAAUAUGGCCAUGCCAGAAAAAUCCAGUUGUACCAAACCAAGUGAGGAUUUCAGUCAUUUCCCUCAGAUUAUUGAACUCAAUGUCGGUGGUCAAGUGUACAUCACCCGAUAUCCUACUUUGAUCAGCAUUCCUGGUUCCCUGCUCUGGGAAAUGUUCAGUGAAAAGAAUCUUUGUUCCCUGACCCAGGACAACAAAGGGAGGUUUUUCAUAGAUCGAGAUGGUUUUCUCUUUCGUUAUGUGCUAGACUACAUGAGGGACCGGCAAGUAGUGCUUCCUGACCACUUUCCAGAGCACGGUCGGCUCCAGAGAGAAGCAGAAUACUUCAGGUUGCCAGAACUGGUCAAGAUGUUGGCUCCUAAAUUGAAUAAGCUCAACUCAGUUGGCAAUGACCUAUGCCAAAAUGACCUAGAAGAGCUAUCUCCCAGCAUUGACACCAUGUUUAAUCCCUCUUCAAGUAGUAUUGUCCAUAUUAGUGGCCCUGAUAACCCUCUAGCUCUGACAGCAGGUGCUGGUUCUCAUCUCAAGAAGGCAGGCUUCAUCACUAUUGGCUAUCGAGGCUCUUAUACUCUGGGUCGGGACAGCCAAACAGAUGCCAAAUUCCGCCGUGUGGCCCGAAUCAUGGUGUGUGGUAAGAUCUCCUUGGCCAAAGAAGUGUUUGGAGAUACUCUGAAUGAAAGCAGAGACCCUGACCGCCCUCCUGAGAGAUACACUUCUCGAUACUAUCUCAAAUUCACUUUUCUGGAACAAGCCUUUGACAGACUAGCUGAUGCUGGCUUCCACAUGGUAGCAUGCAACUCCACUGGCACCUGCACUGUCACACAUGACCAAACAGAUGACAAGAUCUGGACCUCUUACACUGAAUAUGUUUUCUACCGUGAGUGACACUAAAAAAACAAAAAAAUCACCUGGAAAAUACAAACCGAAAAGUCAACUCUCUUUCCUCUCUCUGUUCCAGUGUCAACUAUCUCCUUUAGAAAUAGACACAUUACUCUUA